UGGAGGUCGCUGAUGAUUGCAUGGAACCAGAACCUCCAUUCAAUGUCAAAGGUUCUCCAGGUGACUCAAAGGGGCCAUCAAAGAAGACAGUUGUCAUUGCAGCAACAGUCAGUAGCACAGGAUUUAUCCUCAUCUGCUGCAUUGUCAUAGUGAGCAGUGUGGGUGGCUGGGUUUUCUACAGACGUAGGAAACAACAGCAGCAGAAAAAGGUGGAGGAAGAGGAAGAAGAAUACAAAUUACUUGACAAUGAAAUGUAGACUUAAUGUAGACUGUCCUAAACAUUCAUGUAUCUCUGCACAUAAUUACGUGUAUUUUUCUCUGUUUGGUUUGUUUUUAUUAGCUGUGUAAAUGUUUGCUGUAGCAUCAAUAAGUUAAGCUA